AUGGCGUUGCUCCGUGCUGCCCGCAGGUCCCUGACCUCGGUAGCGGCCCUAGUGCUGCUGCUCAGCCUCGGCUUCAAUCUGCUUGUUGGCAAAGGACAGCCCGUAACAACUCAUCUCUCCUCUGGGACUACUGUCAAUGGGCGCUUGCGUUCCGGUGUGGAAACGUUCAACGGCAUCCCUUAUGCGCAUCCGCCAACAGGCCCCCUUCGCCUCCGCCCACCCCAGAGACUGCCAGACAAUCAUGCCAGCGCCAUUGAUGCUAGCGGGACAGCACCCAAGUGCCCGCAGUUCCCAGUCACACCUGUCGACCAGUACAUCAUCAGAAAAUUCGGUAAACAGCUGUUCAAAUUGCCGUUCUUUAAGAACGUCAUUGGGCAGGAGGACUGCUUGACAGUGUCUGUGCAGCGUCCGACCAAUGUCAGCGCCGACGCAAAGCUGCCAGUGCUAUUCUGGAUUCAUGGAGGUGGAUUUGAGAUGGGGUCGACGAGUACCUACGACGCUUCUUCAUUCAUCAAAGCCGGUGUCAAAAAUAACCAGCCCUUCGUCUUUGUCGCCGUCGGCUACCGCCUGAACGGCUUUGGGUUCCUGCCGGGAAAGGAAAUGGUCCGAGACGGCAGUGCUAAUAUUGGCCUGUUGGAUCAGCGCAUGGGUUUGCAAUGGGCUGCCGACAAUAUUGCCUCUUUUGGCGGCGACCCAGAGAAAGUCACCCUUUGGGGCGAGAGCGCCGGCGCUUUCAGUGCAAUCUACCAGAUGAACCUCUUUGACGGUAACGCAACAUACAAGAAUAAGCCCCUGUUCCGUGGAGUCAUUGCCAACUCCGGCGUUGGUGUUCCCAACGCCGGAAUCGAUACUAGAAGACCCCAAGCCACCUACAACAAAGUGGUAGCACAAGCCGGGUGUGCGGAUUCCAAAGACACCUUGGUCUGUCUCCGUUCAUUGGACUUUGCGUCUUAUUACAGGGCGGUUACCGACAACUUCCCAAGCCUCUUCUCCUACUACGGGACCCAGAUGGCGUUUAUGCCACGUUUUGACGGACUGGUGUUGCGGGAAAGCCCAGAAAAGACUGCCGAGAACGGCCGCUAUUACGCUGUGCCGACCAUCGUGGGAAAUCAAGAGGACGAGGGCACUCUGUUCUCAUUGUUCCAACGGAGCGUAAAGUCAGACGACGAUCUCGCGCGCUACUUCGGCGACAACUACUUUCCCCACGCGCCGCUGGAGAAGAUUGCUGCAUGGGUUGGCAGGUACACCAAGACAAACACGACCAGCCCGUCUGGAAAGUCGACGUAUAAGCCCUACUCCAUGUUUGGUCAGGUCGCCGCCAUGAUUGGGGACCAAACAUUUACACUGGCUCGCCGCCGGUUCCUGCGAUCGGCCACUGCCUCGCACCCAGAGGUACCGGUUUGGUCUUAUUUGUCAUCAUAUCUAAGCUGGCUGCCAGUUCUGGGGACGUUUCACGCCAGUGAUUUGCUUCUGGUAUUCCGCGGCCUGCCAGCAGGCUAUGCUUCCAGAAGCACACGAAAGUAUUACCUCAAUUUUCUCUACAAUCUAGAUCCGAACGGAGACGAUGAAUAUGAGCAUUGGCCAAGGUGGUCAGAUAAUCAGACCUUGCUAUGGUUUGAAUCUUCCAAGACUAGUCAUCUUAAAGAUGACUUCCGAAGUGAGCAUUUUGAUGCUCUCCUUACGCUUGGAGAAACAGCGCAACAGUGA